AUGGAGGACAAACGCAACGCUGAAAGCGCAAGUUUGGGCGCUUCUUCCGGCGGCGACAGCAAGCGGGCCCGUGUUGCGGCUCGCCCGGUGUCGCUGGAAGACGUGGCCGAGUUCCAGAAAGAGGCCAUUUUCCGGGCCAUGGAAACCUAUCGACGUGAAAAAGAGACUCUGGAAAAGCAGCUGGAGACGCAAGGCGAAAAGGAGCGGGAGCUGGAGGAGCGCGUCGUUCGCCUGGGCACGUGGUGGGACAAGGUAGCCGAUCGGUUGGCCUUGGUGGUGGGCAAAUAUGAGUUUGAGAAAUCAAAGGUCAAGACUGAAGAUGUGAAGAAGGAGGAAGACACAGAGAGAGACGCCGGUGAUGAAGACGAAGUGGAGGUUGCACCUGGACCUACCGGAUUGGCUACGGACCUGGAGCUGGAGGAAAAAAGUGCCUCUAUCUCGAGUCACUUCUCCACCCUUCUUGAUCUCAUUGGGGACAAGAUCUCCAAGCAGGACAAGACGGAAGUGUCGCGUCUCAGUGCGGGAUACACGGAUAUGGCCGAGCAGCGUCAUCUGCUGGUCCGGAAGAUCCAAGAUCUCGAACAUGAGGCCCAGACCAUGAAAAACCAGUACCUAGCAGCAGCCAAGAAGCUGGAUAGGUACAAGUCGCCCACCGUGAAGUUGAUUGAGGGCGAAGAUGUCGAAGAGAAGGCGGAGGAGAAUGGCGACCAAAAGACUGCACAAAUGGAGGAAAAGAAGGAAACUGAAGAUUCCCCAGAUACCAAAGAUACCGGAGAUACUAAGGCCCUGAGAGAAACCAUACAAGUCCAGGAGGAACAAAUGAAAGAACUGGACGCGAAAAUUGCUGCUCUGGAGCACGAGGCUAGUCUGUUCAAUGCGAAAAUGGCGGAUCUGUCCGAAUCCGACCUCCUGGAUCACUCUGGAGCAUUUAAGGCUGCAAAGGAGCAGCUGAGCGAUAAAACAGGGCAGAUUUUGGCGCUGGAAAAAUCCCGUGACGCCAUUUCAGCUGAAAAAAUGGCCCUCGACGAAAACAGACAACAAUACCGGUCGACUAUCAAGCGGGAGUUUGAAAAACGCGAGUCUGAGCUCCGUUCGCAGCUGUCACGGGCCGAAACCGAUCUUGUGCGAAUCAGAACAGCCAGAGACGAGAUUCUGGCAGACUUGAGCCAGAAAAAGGCCACUGAAGCGGACAAACUUAAGACGAUUGAGUCACUGAAAGAAUUAGGCGAGGUGUACAAGCUGCGAAUUGGCACUUUGGAGUCUGAGGUUCAGCGGUGGAGAAAAGAGGGAAACGAAGGAGUUAACAUGUCCAGCAAUGUCGAGGGAAAGUCGCUGGAAGAGCUCAAGAAGGAGGUGACGGUCCUGACGCUGACUAAUCAGAGUCUAAUGGCCGAGAUCCCCGGAAUGGAGGCUGCGUUUGUGUCUGCGCAGAAGAUGGCCGAAAACAAGGCUUUGGACGUGGCAGACCGUGAAAGCAGGUUAACUAAGUUGCUUGCAGAGAAGGCCAAGGCCGAUGAAAAGUACUUUGCGGCCAUGCGACACAAGGACGCGCUGGGUGCCGAGAACGCCAAGCUCAAGGCGCAGAUGGUCAAGUCUAGUGAGCUAGUCAACCAGCUCCAGGAGGUGGAUGCCAAGACGCGCGCCAAGAUUGACGUGCUCGAGAAGACGUUAUCGGAGUACGUUUCUCUUCAUGCAAAGCAACAGGAAGCCGCCAAGCGUCUGACUAGCCAGGUGGCCGAAAAAACGCACAUGUUGAACGGCGCUCAAAAGUACCUGACGACGCUCAAGGAGGAAAUGAAGCAGCAGGGCACAAAGCUGUCGGUUGGAGAGCAUAGAGCUCGAAAACUGGCUCUGGAUAAUGCCAAACUGACCAAGCAGAUCGAGUUGUCUUCUUUUGGAGGCUCUUCUGAUGAAAUUGACGAGCUGCGGUCUAUUGCAAUGUGUUCCCUGUGUUCGAAAAACUGGAAAGACACUGCCCUCAAGGUCUGUGGACACGUCUUUUGUCACCAGUGUGCACAGGACCGGCUGGAUGCGCGGUUGCGAAAGUGUCCCAACUGCAACAAGCCCUUUUCCCAAAAUGAUCUGUUGACCGUUCAUUUGUAG